AGUCAUGCUUUUGUGAGUUAUCGUUUCUUAAAAUUCAAAAUUUAGCUUAGAUGUCUCAAGACCCAAAAUGGAAAAAGGCUUACGACCGACUGGUUCGUGAGCACUACGAGGACCAAAAGCAGGUGCUCCUGCUGCAGAGCCAACUGCGGCACUUUCGGUCCAAGCGGAAACGCCUUCAGAAGGAAAUCGAGGAGGAGAGCAAGGGCAUGGACGUCUGGAUGGACAUGAUGGAACGUCUGCGUCGCGGACUGGAGCGCUUUCAGAAACACAAGCACCUGCUCACACCCAAAAAAAACAAGCAGCUUCGCCAGAUGAUACGGAAAUUGCCCAUGAACACGUUGAAGGAGCGGGUGCGACUGAUGGAGUUGUCGGAGAAGUUGGUGUCCAAACCGUGUACCGACGGCCCCGUUGCGAAGGCAAAAGAAAUCCAGAAUAUGCCAAGGUACUCCGUGCCGCUCCAGAAGCCAUGUGAUGCCAAGACUCAAUCCACAGUGGACAAGCGGCUUGCCAGGAUUAAAGCCGAUCUGCAAACCCUGCGACACAUAAACGAGCAGACCAUGGACGUCAUCGGAGAUAUACGUUCUAUAAUGGCCACCAACAACUAUUUGCAGCGGGGCCGUUGCACGAAUAUAAAGAUCACUCCAUAUGUGGAGUCCAAACAAGACCCUUCGAAGGCUAAGAAGGCCACCAUCGAAUUGGAUCGCAUGCGAAGGACCAAACACAAAACCCAUUACACCCGGGAACUCAUGGAUGUGCGUCCACCAUAUAUCCUCGACCAUGUUCCGCAGCUGAGACCCAACAUCUUUGACUUCCUGAAAACGAAGUCUAGGAAACAGCACUAGACCAC